AUGUCCAACACCUGGAAGUCCCGCCUAACAGAGAUUCUGCACAUCACGGCAGACCCGUUCUUACGGGACUUUCAAAAACUCCACACAGAAAACCCCAACCAGAUCCUAUCCCUUCUCCAUGACUCCGACACCUUUGUCGAACACACAUUCAAAACAACCAUCAUCAAGUCCAUGGAGGAGUCGAUGUACCGCCCAUUGAUACCAACCACUGAAAUGAAACGUCGCCAAGCAACCCACACCGAAGCUCCACCACGUAAAGUCCAAAAAACCACCCCCUACAAGCCCACUGCCGUCAAGUCCCUAAAAACCCAAGACCAAAUCAACCAAGAAAGAUUGACACACUACCUCAAUCAGCCAUUGGAAGACUUAGAAGUGAUGACUGUCCCUGAUCACUACCCAACCAGCGUACCUGUUGUGUCAUCCUUGCCCGAACUAUACUACCUAACCCAAACCCUUCCACUGAUAAAACUACUCCCCAAAUCCCACAAGGUACUCAUGACAGAAAACUUUGAGCUGGCAUUGGCAGAAGGGAAAAUAGCCGUGCUCUACUCCCGCAUCGAAGAACUAAAACGUCAGGGCAAGUGGUCGUUGCGACAACCCCAAAAAUUCUACGACCCAUUCAAGUUUAUCCGCAAAUCAAAAAAGAAAUCGGCUCAUUGGGACUACUUGCUCCAGGAAGGGAAAUGGAUGGCCGACGAUUUUAGAGAGUCCCUGAAGUAUAAGAAAUGGUGUUGUGUGUUGAUCGCAGAAGCGGUAGAAGAGUACUGGAAGAAAGUAGCUAAAACCCCACCCAAACCUGUCGUCGACGUAACAAACUUAAAAAAGAUUGACAAUUCCAUCAUUCGCAACUUGCCAGUAUACACCGGCCUAGAGAACGACACUACAAAAGACCAACCAAUCGCAACAGUUUCCAAACUCAUCUACCCGUCCGAAAACGACCACUGGUACAAGAUCGUCCUAAAACAACAUGACCACGUCAACUCCCCACACACCAACGAACCAGGGUUGUUUGGUCCCCAGGCCCACCGCAAAUACAAUAUCCUCAAACCACCAAAACCACCACCACCAAAAAACAUCGAGUUCCGAAUCCCAACAAUCUGGCUCCCUGAAGACGACAAGCGCUUAAUCCAUUAUGUUGCCGAAUUCUGUUUCAACUGGGACCUCAUAUCUGAACAUAUCCUGUCGACGUCUUCUGCUGUCAGCCUAAAAAAAUACGAGUCCAACAUCGAGCGGCGUACCCCAUGGCAGUGUUUUGAACGCUAUAUCCAGUUAAAUGACAAGUUCCAAUUUUCCGACAUGAAGGGCGUAUAUGCCUACCACGCGCAACAAUGGCUAGAACAGGCCCAUAGAGCUCAACUGACAACUAAACGCAGAAUCUCACCAUUGGGCGUGGCCCCGGAGUCGAUUCAAAGAGGUAAUAGAAAAUUGCGCUGGGCAUCCAUGUUUGAUGCAAUACGAAAGUCUAUGAAGAAACGAGAAAUCGUCGCCGCAAAGCUAAACCACCGCAAAUCAACUGCAGAACUACAAGCCAGCCAAAACCCAACCUCCCCUCAAUCCACAACCGUGCCUACCCCAGCAGAACUAUCACGACUAAAAUUCGAAAGAGACAAAUCGCUACACGAAAACCAGAUCAACCACCAAGCCACAAGAGCACGCAUGAUGCAGGCAGUUGCACCCCCACAACAACCAAAAAGACCUACAACGCCAAACGGAACCCCUCUAACCAACGAACAAAUCCAACAGUUGCUCCAAAUGCAAAAACACCGAAGAAUGUUGCAGCUCCAACAACAGAGGGCAAACCCCGCGCCACCUCUACCACCUCCACCACAACCACAACCACAACCACCAAAAAUACACUUCCCUCCUGCCCAAGUAUCCAAAGUCAUUAACGAUAUCCAGCAACAAAAUCCAGGAUUAUCGAAAGACCAAGUGACAAAACUUGCCGCCCAGUACCUUGCAAGCCUUCUGCAAGGGUAUAGAUCACCAAAUAACGCGUAG